AAGACCCAACACUGGUUUACAAGUUCCUCACAUUAGCAUGCUAGGUUUUCUUAUCUACAUGCAAACACUCAGCCUGUGUGCCUUUCAUUCAUUCAUCUCCGUGUUCUAAGCAAUGGCUCCCAUUGAUCCUCAUUCCUUUACAGAUUCUGAGAACCCACUGACCAAGCAUGUGAGUCUGUCACUCUAUUUUGAUUUUGAUAUCAAAACAAUUGAUGGCUCUGCAUUACUGACUCUAGAAAAGCCUUACACAGGGAGCCUCUAUCUGGAUACAAGGUGUCUUAAAAUCGAGGGAGUUCAAGAUGCUACACUAGCAAAUCCCAUACCUUUUGUUUUAGACACUUCAGACUCCAUCAAGGGGACUCUUCUCAAAGUUUUUCUCACAGAUCAAAUUUCCUUCAAUGUAACUUUCAAAACCCAUGAAUCCGCUUCAGCCCUACAAUGGUUAAAUCCAUCACAAACUGCAGGGAAAAAGCUACCUUAUGUUUACACCCAAUGCCAGUCGAUUCAUGCUCGCUCUAUAUUCCCUUGCCAGGACACUCCAAGGGCAAGGAUUAGUUAUUCUGCCCUGCUCAACAUUCCCCAAGAAAUGAAUUCUGUAAUGUCUGCUGCCCACACAGGAAGAGCACCCCCAUGCAGGGGAGAAGCCAAGGGAGCAUGCUCUGAUCAUAAGUGGGUUUCCCAUGAACGGGUUGUAGAUCAUUUCUCAAUGCAGCAGCCCAUACCCCCCUAUCUUUUUGCUUUUGCAGUGGGAAAUAUCACUUACAAGAGUGUUGGUCCCAGGACUAGGAUUUUCUCUGAGCCUUCGCCUGUUCUGGAAGCUGCAGAGCUUGAAUUCAGAAAUACAGAGAAGAUUAUCAAGCAGGGGGAGGAACUUUUUGGGGAGUAUGAAUGGGAAAGAUUUGAUCUUUUGGUAUUGCCCUUCAGCUUCCCAUAUGGAGGGAUGGAGAAUCCCAGAUUGGCCUUCUUAACUCCUACGGUUAUUGUAGGAGAUAUGAGUGGUGGACAGGUUGUGGCACAUGAGCUUGCCCACAGUUGGACUGGAAAUCUUAUCUGCAACGCCUCCAAUAAUGAUUUCUGGUUAAAUGAGGGGUUUACUACAUAUGCAGAGAGAAGAAUUGUUGAAGCUGUGGAUGGCGAGGAGCGUGCUGCUCUGAACAUUGGAUUGGGAUGCUCCGGGCUGAGGGAUGAGAUGGAAAGAUUCAAGGACAAUAUGGAGUUCACAAAGCUGAGGACGAAUCAGGAAGGCGUAGAUCCCGAUGAUGUUUAUUCUUGUGUGCCUUAUGAAAAGGGUUUUCAAUUCCUUUGGCGAAUUGAGCGUCAGGUUGGACGCCCUGCAUUUGACAAGUUUCUUAAGAUGUACAUUAUGAAUUUCAAGUUUCAAUCAAUCGAUACAGACACAUUCCUUGUCUUUUUGAAGAAAAAUCUUCCUGGUAUAGAAAAUGAAAUUGAUUUGGAUGAGUGGAUAGAUGGUACUGGCAUUCCUCCAGACAUCAUGGAGCCUGUUUCCACAAUCCAUAAGAGGGUCUUGUCUGCCUCAAAGGAUUUCAUGGCUGGAAAAAUGCCUUCUGACGAGGACCUCAGCAAAUGGCACGGGCAAGAGUGGCAACUUUACCUGGAGAAUUUGCCCAGGAAACUUGAGCCAUCGCAGAUCUCGGCUCUAGAUCAACAAUUUCGAUUUAGUGAAAGUAACAAUUGGGAAGUCAAAGUUGCUUUCUUGACAAUUGCUGCAUACUCUGGUUACAAAGCUCUCUAUGGAGAAAUUGAGAGGUGUCUUAAAGAAGUUGGAAGGAUGAUGUUUUUGAGGCCGCUGUACACAGGGCUCUUACAAAACAACUCUGAAGGGAAGAAAUUUGCAGGAAGAGUGUUUGAAGAAGCAAGAGAUUCAUACCACCCAAUUGCCCAGGGGGUGGUCGAAUCACUUAUUUGCAAAUUUUCAUAGAUAUAAAAUCCAUAUGAGAAUGACGAGUCUCCUCAACAUCUAUUGUUCAUAGACAAUGCUGCUGGAACUGAAUCCUUACAUUUUGUCAGGAGAGUUAAUGUCAAUAUGUUAAAAAACUGAGUCCAUGCAAUGGUUAACAUCCCCUCAAUAUACUGUAAAAGCAAUCUGCUUUUUAUAAUAUGAAUUUUUCAAAAGGGUUCAAAAGCUUAACUUGGAUCAGAUCUUCAUGUCUCAAA